AUGUCAACAGCUGGGUCUAUUCAAACAGAGUCCCUUAGUGUUCCUCUCAGCUCGACACCAAUUCAACGUACUGGAAGCACCAGCUUGCUCCAUUCCCAAAUCCGCAGUCUUCAGCGGCAGCUUCAAGCCAAGGUUGAGGAAACUUCUCAGCUUCGCCGACAACUUGAGGCACAAGAGAAUUUUGAUCUGCGAGAAGCCAAGCGAGAGCUUCAGAUGUGGAAAGAGAGAGCAGAGGCUGCAGAGAGGAGGGUCAAGGUGUUUGAGAAGUUCACAUCGAAGCUAAAGGGUAUCAGACAAGCUGCUGCUGCUGCUGAUGAAAAAACCCACCAGGGUGAGCCGCUUGAUGAGGAUGUUUUCAGCGAUCGAGAGGAUUCGAGUGACAAUGGGAAGGUAACUGAUCGGGAUCAGCAUGUUCGAUUCAUGGAGGGUUACCAAGUGAAGGAUAGAGAAGGAAGCGAUGAUUCGGGGAGGACAGAAGACGCCGGUGUUGUGACGGCGAGGAUACGCCGGUGCUUACACGGAGGACAGGAAUCUCUUCAUACCCAUGAUGGGACGGCGGACCGAGUAUAUAGCACUGUUGAUGGACCAAGCACUGAUAAGGCAGUUUCGCCAACGAGAACCCGGCUAGCAAAACGGGACAUGAGACUGGAGGCUCUGGAUAUUUGGAUGGCGGCACAGGAAUUACUGGAGUUGGAGGAUGCGUUGCAGUGA